AGUGGCGGCUGCCGGCUGGAAACCGCGGGAGGCGGCCGGACAAGUGCACGGCUGCGACACGCCCGACAAGCCAAGUUCUCCCGGAAUGGAGGUGACCACCAUCAGCGAGCUGCCCGAGAACAUCCUCCUGGAGCUGUUCUCGUUAGUCCCGGCGCGGGAGCUACUGCUCCGCUGCCGGCCCGUGUGCCGCCUGUGGCGCGAUGUCAUCGACCUGCUGUCCCUCUGGAAGCGCAAGUGCCAGCGCGAGGGCUUCAUCUCCGACCACUGGGACCGGCCAGUCGCCGACUGGAAGAUCUUCUACUUCCUCUGCAGCCUCAAGAAGAACCUGAUCCGUAAUCCCUGUGCCGAAGAGGAACUUGUAUCUUGGUCGAUUGAUGAGAACGGGGGAGAUAACUGGAAUGUUGAAAAUUUGCCAGGAGAACACGGGCAAGAAUUCCCCAACCCCAGAGUCAGAAAAUACUUUGUCACGUCGUAUGGAUUAUGCCUCAAGUCUCAGAUCAUUAACCUGAAAGAAGAAGGCUACUGGGAUGAGCUGCUUGACAAUAUCAAACCAGCCAUUGUGGUUGAAGACUGCCUCCUUCUGAACCUGUACAAUCCAGUUUCCAUCCCCUUCACUCCAGUGGGACCUCCCUGUCUCCAAGGACACCAAUACCCUACUUCUCGCCAAAUGUUCGCCGCCAGACACGACUGUGGCUGCAAGUACCGUAUCUGGGUGCAGCUGCUCUCCGCCGACUUCAUCGUGCUGGACUCGUUCCAGCCGGAGCCUGUGGUCAUCGAGCAGUGGAGCGACGCAGAGUGGAGAAAGGUCUCCCACACGUUCUCCAACUACCCUGCGGGAGUUCGGUACAUCCGCUUUCAGCACGGCGGCAAGGACACUCAGUUUUGGGCCGGAUGGUACGGUCCUCGGGUCACAAACAGCAGCAUCACCGUCGAACCAGAGCUGACUGGGAACUGUAUGUCCGGACACCCUGGCUCCCAGCCCGUUACCACCCCAGCUAGUGGAUCAGGGGACUGAGGGGGAUGCUUUAACACUUUAUUCCAGCCUACCUUCUUACUUCUGACAGGCCCAAAUGUGCCCACAUCAGAUUGGGUCUUCUUGCUUGGCAAGCUGUUGCUUGUGGCUUCUGUUGCCAAUCGAGUUGGGUAGGACAGAUCCCUUCCUCUCUGACUCGAGUUAGGGUCUGGAAGAAGCCUGUAGGUGUGAGGGCCCUUGGGCCCCAAACUAAAUUCUCCAGAGACCCAUUACUAUUUCUGUGCCCGCAACUGUGCUCUAGUGGGAAGACAAUGUCACCUGCUGCCCAUGCCAGCCCAUUCUCUGCCUUUGUCUCCCUGCUCCUCUUCUGGACUGUUUCCCCUAUGCUUCCUUUUCCCACAUGGCAACUGCUUCUCAGGAUGAGUUUAUAUGGGCAUGAAGAAAAGGCAACCUACUCCUCAGCUUAAUAUUGACAAGCCCCUGUCCUCCUCUGCACCAAACCCUGCCUUCCCCUGCUUCUACAGCAGACCCCACCUCCAGGAAGUCUUCCCCGCUUACCCCUCUUGGCUCAGGUUCCUUGUUUCCCUUUUGGCUUUGUAAAUACUCUCUAUUACUCUAGGUGCUAAGAUAACGCAGGGACCCACUCUUUGUUGUUGUGGCUUUUUAAAACACACCUCCGCUGAGCUCAGCUGAUACACGUGGCCGACAGCUCUGCUCCAUCCGGGACACGGAGCAGGAUAAAAAUCAAGAUCUGGACUCCACCCCUUCCUUUGUCUAACGCAUGCCUCUCUUCCGCCUCAUCGUUCCAUCCCCCAGAGGUACUCUGUUUUUAGCUGGGGCCUGCUUAGUAGAGAAGCAGCGUGGCUCAGUGGAAAGAGCCCGGGCUUUGGAGUCAGAGGUCAUGGGUUCA